AUGUCCGAGACCCCAAAGAUGGUGUACAAGCAGCUGGGAAAGACUGGACUCAAGGUUUCCGCUCUGAGCUACGGAGCCUGGGUUUCUUUUGGCGACCAGCUGGGCCUCGAGGAGGCCAAGGAGCUGCUCAAGACGGCAUACGAUGCGGGCAUCAACUACUUUGACAAUGCCGAGAACUACUCCUCUGGAAAGGCCGAGAUCUUGAUGGGCAAGGCGUUCAAAGAAUUGGGCUGGAAGCGUGAGGACAUCGUGGUCGCCACCAAGGUGUACUUUGGGUCCCAGCUUCCCGACAUGACCAUCAACGCCAAGGGCCUGUCCCGCAAGCACAUCGUGGAGGGCGUGCAGGCCUCGCUGGCGCGCCUGCAGCUGGAGUACGUGGACCUGCUGUUGGCCCACCGUCCCGACCCCUCGGUGCCCAUGGAGGAGGUGGUCCGCGCCUUCAACCACGUGCUGGACCGGGGCUGGGCCUUCUACUGGGGCACCUCGGAGUGGACUGGGGCCCAGCUGCUGGAGGCCUGGGAGGUGGCGGACCGGCUGGGCCUGGUGGGACCCGCGGUGGAGCAGCCGGAGUACAACAUCUUCCAGCGCCACAAGGUGGAGCGCGACUUCGCGCCGGUGUACGAGAAGCACGGGCUGGGGCUGACGGUGUGGAGCCCGCUGGCCUCCGGCAUCCUCACCGGCAAGUACUCAGGCGGGAACGUGCCCGAGGGCAGCCGCCUGUCGGUGGAGAAGUUCGCCUGGCUGAGGAAGGGCAUCAUGGAGGGCAAGCGCGCCCAGAUCGACGCCGUGGACAAGCUGAAGCCCAUCGCCGAGCGGAUGGGGGCCACGCCCGCGCAACUGGCGCUGGCGUGGUGCGCAGCCAACCCCCGUGUCUCGACCGUCAUCACCGGCUCCUCCAAGCGGUCGCAGCUCGAGGACAACCUGAAGGCCCUGAACUUCAUCGACAAAAUCACGGACGACGUGAAGAAGGAGAUCGACGACAUCGUGGGGGACCUGGCCUGGCAACCCCGCGGCUGGUAG